AUGAAUAUGAAUGUAUCAUAGUGGUAUGCAUGGAAUGACGAUAAAAUAAAAUUCAAGUUGAGUCGCUUCCGCCUGCCACUUUUUGUUUCGUAUGUGUGUCCUUGCCACUGCGCCAAAGUUAGCGUGACCUUAAGCCAUGUCGUGUCCUGGCACUACUCUAUCUACAUAGCUGUAUAGGUAUACAUAUGAACAUGUCUACAUGUGUAGCUCUAAGCAAGGGCUUAAUUGAAUUAGACUAACACAAGCUGAGGCGAGGCGAGGCCCAGUCGCCUUUUUCGGUUAGUAGCGAUAGCCUUUCCAUUUAAGGCUCAAGCACGUACAUAUGUCGUCGCCGCAAACAGAAUAGGAAAAUGCCGUUAGGCAUGGCCUUAUAAAAUCCAUAUAGUUAGUCACUCCAACGCUUGUCGUUAUCUUUGUGGUAAAGAAAGACAACAUGUCGGUUGCAGGUUUACGACAGAGCUUGCUGCUCUGGAGUGUUGACUAUUGGAAUCUGGAAGUCAUGGCGGACAAUGUGUUCAAGUCGCACGAUAUUGGGCUACGCGCUCAGAAGAAAAUACUCUCACGCAUGGCUACAAAAAAUAUUGCGAAAACUUUUAUUGACGGCACAACGGCCUCGCUGCUGGAUAAUCUGUACAAGCUCUGCCGGAUGCACUCGGGUAACAAGGCGCGCGCCGAGAAACUCAUUAAAAAUAUUAUCAAAAUUGUUAUAAAAAUUGGCAUACUGCACAGAAAUAAUCAAUUUAGCGCAGAAGAGUUACAAAAUGCUGAGAAUUUUAAGCGCAAAUUUCAUAACACACAAUUGUCUAUAGUUUCGUUCUACGAAGUGGAUUUCACUUUCGAUUUGGCAUACUUGCAAAAGUCUAUCAGGGAAUCGCAUGCGGCACUCAAGUCUAUUGUUCAGCCACAUUUGACUGACAAGUCCAUUGGCCGCAUCGACGAUGUCUUUGAAUUCUUUGGCGAUGCUGUGCUUUUGGAAACGGCUUUUAAGCCUAACUCACCAUAUCAUGAGAUUAUGGGCAAUAUUGUAGCAGAUAUCAAUGCCGCCAUGGACACGGGCGAUAUGUGAGCCUAACCAGGCUUUAG